GCCUACACUUCUCAACGGCACUGCCUGCUGCGCUGCACCCAACUCAAAGAGGCAUUGCGUCUUUCUCUCUCACUUCACAGCUUCAGGAGAACGGAACAUGGCAACUGCAAGGCUUCCCACAGUUGCCAUCUUUGGAAGUGCGCCUCGAUGCCAAACCACAAGCGCCUUUGUCAAGAUACCGUCAUCUCUGGGUUCCGUAAAGAGCACCUCUAGAAUCUUUGGCUUGAAGGCAAAGCCGGAUUUCAAGGCAACUGCCAUGGCUGUGUACAAGGUGAAAUUGGUUGGGCCGGAUGGUGCUGAGUGCGAGUUUGAGGCACCCGACGACUGCUACAUCCUCGACUCUGCUGAGUCAGCUGGAGUUGAACUCCCAUACUCAUGCAGGGCUGGAGCAUGCUCCACCUGUGCUGGGAAAAUGGUGUCGGGGGCUGUCGACCAGUCCGAUGGCUCGUUCCUAGACGACAAACAGAUGCAGGAGGGCUACCUGCUGACCUGCGUUUCCUACCCGACUUCAGACUGUGUGAUUCACACACACAAGGAGAGUGAUCUGUACUGAUUACCAUCAUCUCUCUCUUCUCCGGCAACCGAGC